AUGGCCUUGGCGCCCGCCUUCGUGCUGAGCGCGCCGGCGCCCGAGCUCCCGUGUGGGCGCCAUGCCGGGCAGGUCGUCUCCGGAUCUCGCGGAUCCCAAGGAUCCCACUCAGGCACCGGCCUGGCCGCUGCGGGCGCCACUGCGGCUGUGCUGGCCGGCGCGGCGCGGCGUCACCGCAGAGAGCGCAUGGCGCGAGGUACCGUCCAGGGCAGCAGGGGAGAGUCCUACUAUCGUGACAACUUGGUGGCAUGCCGCGCUCAGCUGAACGGCGCCGACGCGCCCACGGUUGAGGAGACGGAUCAGCACGUGCAGGACAUCCAGGCCUUUGCCAAGCAGGCACUGGCAGGUGCUUCGGCGGCAAUGGUCUUCACCAGCUCCAUGGAGGUAGCAGUGGCCUACCCCAUCUUCGCCCAGCAGAACUACGCGAACCCCCGCGAGUACACGGGCAAGAUUGUUUGCGCCAACUGCCACCUGGCGUCCAAGCCUCUCGAGGUGAGGCUGCCUCAGGCGGUGCUCCCUGACACCAUCUUCAAGAUGGAGGUGGAGGUCCCCGCCAAGUAUGCAAAGCGUCGCCAGCCGAACGCUGACGGCUCCAAGGGUCCCAUGAACAUCGGAGCCAUCGCUGUGAUGCCUGAUGGCUGGAAGCUGGCUCCCAAGGAUCGGCUGCCCAAGGUCCUGAAGAAGGAGAUGAAGGGCUUGGCCUGGGCUCCUUACAGCAAGGAUUACCCCAACAUCGUGGUGGCGGGCCCUGUGCCAGGUGAGACAUAUGAGAAGAUGGUGCUCCCAGUGCUUUCGCCUGAUCCCAACACCAAUGACAAAGUCAUUUUCGGCAAGGGCAUCUUCUACUUCGGUGGCAACCGCGGACGUGGACAGGUGUACCCGGAGGGCAACCAGAGCAACAACAACCAGUUCUUCGCGGCGGCCACGGGCACCGUCACGGCCAUCGAUGGCCUCAAGGUGUCAAUCACCACACCCUCGGGGGAGGUCAAGACUCAGGAGCUGCUGACGGGGGCUGACAUCGUGGUGCAGGUGGGGGACGAGGUUGACAAGGACGAGCCCAUCACCACCAACCCCAAUGUGGGCGGCUUUGGUCAGGAGGAGAAGGAGUGCAUCCUGCAAGACAUGAACCGUGUCUACGCCUUCUGCGCGUUUGCCUUCUCGUGCUUCGUCGCUCAGCUCAGCUUCGUCCUGAAGAAGAAGCAGUUCGAGAAGGUCCAGCUGGCAGAGGGCUUCUGA